UAUUUUGUGCGCAUAUAGAGAGCUAGCAAAGAUACUAGGAAGGCGCAGGGAAAUUUAUUAGGCCUAUGUGCGUAACAGGAAUGCAGAAAUAAAAAAAAAACAUCAUUUUAAAUCUGAUUCUGUGAAGAAUGGCCAAACACUGCCACUGGAGGGAUUGUCUGGCAUGGAAAGACGAAGGACUUGAAUUUUCUACUACCAGUAAUGAGGCAUGCAAACUCUAUGAUGCUGCCCUCACACAGAUUGUUGGGUGGUACCAUGACAAGAGUUUGGGUGGAUGGGAUAAAACCUUUACCAGACUAAGAGAAGCAGAUCCAGAUUUUGUAAUGGGUCAUGUGCUAACUAAUGGUCUGACCUUGUGUUCGACCUCAGUGAAUAUCCAAACAGACGAACACCUCAAAAAAAGAAUAGAUGAUAUGGUGAGUUUGAAGGCAAACUCUGCACUGACCAACCGGGAAGAAAAGCAUGUGGAGGCACUUCAGGUGUACGCAGAUGGGUCUAUGUCCAAGGCUAUUGAUAUUUGGGAGGAUAUAUUAGUUGACCAUCCAACUGAUCUUCUUGCCCUCAAGUUUUGCCAGCUCAACUAUUACAACUUAGGACAGAGUAUUCCAAUGAGAGACUCUGUAGCAAGAGUGUUUCCACAUUGGAAAAGCAGUACUCCGCUCUAUGGUUACCUCUAUGGGAUGCAUGCGUUUGGCUUAGAAGAAAGUGGAAUGUAUGUUGAAGGUGAAAAAGCAGCAGCUAAGGGAUUGGCCAUUAAUCCAAAUGACUGCUGGUCAACACAUGCCAAUGCCCAUUGUCUUGAGAUGACUGGUAGACAUGACCAGGGCAUUAAAUUUAUGACCACUACUGAAAACGACUGGAAGAUUUGUGACAUAUUAGCUGAUCACAUUUACUGGCAUUUUGGCCUGUACUACAUCGAGAUAGGAGAAUACUCAAAGGCUUUAGAUAUAUACGAUUCAGAGAUACUUCCAAGAUGCGUAGCUUCCAAUUAUACAAUUCAUGCAGCAUCAUUUCUCUAUAGACUGGAAUUUGAAGGUGUGAAAGUAGGAAAAGAAAGAUGGCAGGUGCUGUACGAAACUGGAGAACCAGCCCAUUUCAACCACCUUCUGGUCUACAAAGACUUGCACUAUGUAAUGGCGUCACUGCGGGCCGAUCAUAAAGAUACCGCUAAAACCCAGAUAGAAUCAAUCCGUCAGUUCAUAAGGGAGCGUUGUGGGGACCAGCGUGACGUGAUGAAGGAGGUCGGCUUGCCUGUGUGUGAAGCACUCGUUGCCUAUGAGAAUGGUGAUUAUGCUGAGGCUGUUGAUCUACUGAAUCCGGUGCGAUACAAGUUUGUGAACAUGGGAGGAAGCAAUGCACAGAGAGAUGAGUUUCAACAGCUCCUAAUACACGCUGCUAUCAAUUCUCCGAAGAAGCACCAUAAACGACUGGCCAGGAGUCUCCUAAGUGAGCGGAAAGCGUUGCGAGAAAAUUCACCACUUACGGAUCGUUUGCAAAAGCAACUCCUUGCAAUGCACAUUGAUGAAUAAGGAAAUUGACACGAAGUGUAACAUGAAAUUCUAAACUUAAAAAAGAAAUAUAUAAAUAUUACACCACCAGUACCAGUACUAAACUAAGGGAUAAAAUUAUGCAUGUUCAGUGUAUUGUAACUUUUAACUAGAAUGAACACAGGUUCAAACUGCUCUUUGUUUUCAAUUUCCAGGAAACCAAAUUUGUCUUGGUUCAAAUCCUGUUGAUAUUUUUAUUAUUGUGUAAUUGUGACUAUAUGAUAUAUAUUUUUUAAAACAAUUGAAAGAAGAAAAUAUUCUUCUAUAUUAUCUAUUCAUUCAAAGUAUGAAUACUGUAAUUCUUGUUUUGAAUGUUAUUUUUAAAAGGAAAAUACUUUAAUAAAUGAUUAUAUACCUGUAGUUUGACAUAAAUAUAAUAAAAUUUAAAAGAAAAGA